GCGAGAGCUCGUGCAUUGAUCUAGUCUACAGCCUGCUGCGCACGACAAGAAACAUAAAUGUCCCUUAACAGAUGAGGACUACAUAAUCGGAUCGGUUUAUUAUCAAACGAGUGCACCGAAUUUGCACUUAAACGGGAAGAAGUGAGAACCAACGCCGUGGGAGAGAGAGAUUCCCGUCUCUGUAGGUGCCUACUAAUUGUAAUACAUUCCCAACUUGACUUAUUCCGCCAAGGACAAAACACAGCGAUGAUCAGACAUCAGGGAGCUCGUCAUAGUUUCAUUUCGUCAUAUUAUUUUUGAAUUUGUCGUCAUAUAAGUACCAGAGCGAGUCAUUGAAAGGAUUCAACUGAGAUUUGUGGGAUUUUCUAAAAGGAUAUACAAUGCCGGACCAGAUCACGGUGGCGGAGUUUGUGGCGGAGACAAAUGAAGAUUAUAAAUCACCCACCGCCUCAAACUUCACCACGAGAAUGACUCACUGCAGGAAUACUGUAACUGCACUGGAGGAGGCCCUGGAUGUGGACCGCAGUGUCCUUUACAAGAUGAAGAAGUCAGUUAAGGCCAUUUACACCUCUGGUCUUGCUCAUGUGGAGAACGAGGAGCAGUACACUCAAGCUCUGGAGAAGUUUGGCGAGAACUGUGUGUAUAGAGAUGACCCUGACCUUGGAUCAGCCUUCCUGAAGUUCUCCGUCUUCACCAAGGAGCUCACAGCCCUCUUCAAGAAUCUGUUUCAGAACAUGAAUAACAUCAUUACCUUCCCAUUGGACAGUCUGCUGAAGGGAGAUCUAAAAGGGGUUAAAGGGGAUCUGAAGAAGCCCUUUGAUAAAGCCUGGAAAGACUAUGAGACUAAAGUCUGCAAGGGACAUUAUUUGCUGAAAGGUUCCAAAAUAGAGAAGGAGAAAAAAGAGCACGCUCGACAGCAUGGAAUGAUCCGGACGGAGAUCAGUGGAGCGGAGAUAGCCGAAGAGAUGGAGAAGGAGCGGCGUUUCUUUCAGCUUCAAAUGUGUGAGUACCUCCUCAAAGUCAAUGAAAUCAAGGUUAAGAAGGGUGUCGACCUGCUCCAGAAUCUCAUUAAAUACUUUCACGCUCAGUGCAACUUCUUUCAGGAUGGCCUCAAAGCAGUGGACAACCUAAAGCCCUCAAUAGAGAAACUGGCCACAGAUUUACACUCGAUUAAACGUGUACAGGAUGAAGAGCGCAGGCAGCUUACCCAGUUACGGGACGUCCUGAAGACUGCUCUGCAGGUUGAACAGAAGGAGGACUCACAGGUUAGACAAAGCGCCACAUACAGUCUACACCAGCCACAGGGCAACAAGGAACAUGGGACAGAGCGCAGCGGAAACCUUUACAAGAAAAGUGAUGGGCUUCGGAAAGUAUGGCAGAAGAGAAAAUGCACAGUGAAGAACGGUUAUUUGACCAUCUCGCAUGGGACAGCUAACAGACCUCCUGCUAAACUCAAUCUUCUUACAUGUCAAGUGAAGCACAACCCAGAGGAGAAGAAGAGUUUUGACCUCAUCUCCCAUGACAGAACGUAUCAUUUCCAGGCAGAAGAUGAACCGGAGUGUCAAAUAUGGAUCUCGGUACUACAAAACAGUAAGGAGGAGGCGCUCAACAAUGCCUUUAAGGGUGACCAGCAUGUUGGUGAGAACAACAUUGUGCAGGAGCUGACCAAAGCCAUCCUGGGCGAGGUCAAGCGGAUGGCGGGUAACGAUGUCUGCUGUGACUGCGGAGCUCCCGGCCCCACAUGGCUGUCCACCAACCUGGGCAUUCUGACGUGUAUCGAAUGUUCUGGGAUUCACCGAGAGUUAGGCGUUCACUACUCCAGAAUCCAGUCAUUAACACUAGAUGUUCUCAGCACUUCAGAGCUCUUGCUGGCCAAGAACGUGGGGAAUGCUGGCUUUAAUGAGAUCAUGGAAGCUUGUCUAACGGCAGAAGAUGUGAUUAAACCAAAUCCCACCAGUGACAUGCAAGCGAGGAAAGACUUCAUCAUGGCCAAAUACACAGAGAAGCGCUUUGCUCGUAAGAAGUGUCCUGAUGCUCUGUCGAAACUGUACACGCUGUGUGAUGCGGUGAAGGCCCGAGAUAUUUUUUCUCUCAUCCAGGUCUACGCAGAGGGGGUGGACCUAAUGGAGCCAAUUCCUCUGGCCAAUGGGCAUGAACAAGGCGAAACAGCCCUUCAUCUGGCCGUGAGACUGGUUGACAGAACCUCCCUUCACAUCGUAGACUUCCUCACCCAAAACAGUUUAAACCUGGAUAAACAAACGGCUAAAGGAAGCACAGCACUCCAUUACUGCUGCCUGACGGACAACAGCGAGUGUCUCAAACUGCUCCUGAGAGGAAAGGCCUCUAUAGACAUCGCUAAUGAAGCUGGUGAGACCCCACUUGACAUCGCCAGGCGACUCAAACACCUACAGUGUGAGGAACUGCUAAACCAGGCUCUGGCAGGGAAGUUUAACGCUCAUGUGCAUGUGGAGUACGAGUGGAGACUACAGCAUGAAGAUCUGGAUGAAAGCGAUGAAGAUCUGGAUGAAAAGUCCAGUCCUCACCGGCGGGACGAGAGGCCCAUGAGCUGUUACACAUCGGGCAGUAAUUCCCUGCAGCCCAGUCCGGCCAGUCUGGCACGAGAGGCACGAGACAUGGUCAAAGACAAGCAGCGGAGCUUCGUGCCCAACAUGGUCAACAAUGAGACCUAUGGAACCAUUAUCAACAGCAACUCACCAGUCAACCUCUCCACCUCUGCUCCACCUCUACCACCCCGAAAUUUAGUUCAGCCUUCUGGUCUUGCUGGAAUGGCCCAGGGUUCGGCCGGUUGGAAUCCUGGCUCCCUAGAUUUGACAGGCAGGCAGAGAUCUUCCUCUGACCCACCCAACAUGCACCCCCCAGCACCCCCUUUACGGGUCACAUCUUCGUCACUUCUUGUCCCGGGCGGCCCUCCCCAUCCUGCGGGUAAGACUGCGAGUAUGAUGGAGGCCAUGAGUAUACAGUCCAAAUCUGGACAGGGGCCCCCUGGUCAGAACAUCAACAGGGCUACAAGCGCAGACAAAAACUUCAACAAAAGCCUGCUGAUGCGCUCUGGAUCCAUAGAGAGACCAGGCAGAUGUCAAAGAAACCAUUUUAACUCUAAAGAAGUUCCUGGACAAAACACCACUGGAAAAUCUCUGCCCCCUACCCACAUGACAAGGAAAACAUACCUGCAGAAGCCAAAGCGUGUGAAGGCCAUGUAUAACUGUGUGGCUGAUAACCCAGAUGAGCUGACAUUCUCUGAGGGAGAAGUCAUUGUGGUGGAUGGUGAGGAGGACCAGGAGUGGUGGCUGGGCCACAUCGAGGGAGAGCCCAUGAGAAGAGGAGCGUUUCCAGUCACAUUCGUACACUUCAUCAUGGACUGAAGGUCAUAGAUCACAGACACUGAGCUGGACUGAUGACAUCACCUCUCUAACUAUCACUGACUAUCAUCAUCGUCAUCAUCUUCGUUCCCCUUUUCAUGAGUUUAAAUGGAGAUCCCUGGUUCUCACUGUAAAGUGAUGAUCGACUGGCCUGGGCGAUGCAGUCUCAGAUGUGACACCUUAUUCCAUAAACCUUUGGAGAUAUCGGUUUUGCAUUUUUGGUUUGUGGACCAGAUAAUAUUCAGAAUGACUGCUGUCAGUGACUUUGAUGCAAUAAAUGCACUUUGGACUGAAUUUACCAUGGUCACAAUGCUAAAGAGAAUAUUGCCAAGAUGAAGGUUUUAAUACAAGAUGAACAUUCACAUCCUUAUUCCUUUUAGAUAGAACAGUGCAAAGUAACAUACAUCUAUGGUAUUUGUUUUUGCAGUACACAUAUCUGUGAAUACAGUCUUGUUUGCACACAUUCCAUGUCUUGGAAGGAAACAGAAGGAUAUAUGAAUGAACUGACUUUUAGGAAAUUUUGGAGAUGGCUUGGUAAAUGGCACUAACCCUGGAAUACACUAUGAGCGCUGUACCCCACCAUGAGGUGCGCCAUUGCCCCCAUUUCCACACUACCUGCCACAGUGCUGAGUAUAUAAUUAGGCCUUCCAUUGCCACCUGGGAAAUCUCUGAAAACGGAGAAUUGGAUAAAAAUAAGAACACCGUUUGUGUAAGGGACAGUGCGACUUUGCAUUUGUGUUGUGUGUUUAAAAGAAUGAGCGCUUAUGUCAUUUGAACCCUGGACCUGUUGGAAGGACUUUUUAGAGGCGGGACAGUCUGGUGAACAUUCAUGGUCAUGCAGGAGAGCAAUGGAACUACUUCAGAGCAUCAAGGAUGUUUAUUUCUGUACAGAUAUUUAUGACUCUGAGCUGUCCUUCUAUGUUCUUUAUUUAGAUACUCAGUAUCUUAUUGAUUUUGAUGAGCUUCAGUAGAACUAUUUCUACCUUCCUUAAGUGUGCAGGGCUUGCUAAACUAAGGUAAAUCUCACAAAAAACCUGUCAAGAAUCUGUUUGCGUCAAAAUUCAAUCCAUAAUCAAAAGCAAAUUUUUUUGUUUAAAGAAAAUGAAGCCUAUUUUUAAGGACCACUUAGAUUUAGUUUUGCAUUAUGACAUUAAUGUUAUUACAAUUAAGCAAAUUUCCCUUAACGCAAUUGUCAUUGCUGUAAUUCAAAACCAAAAUAUUUUUACUGUAAUGUGAAUUUUUUUUAUUUAUUUUUUUUAUACAUCAUAAUAUAAUAUUUGUUGUUCUACCUUCAUGCUAAUUUAAAUUAUGGAAGAAAAAACAAUUCUGUAAAAGCUGUAUUGCAGUAAUGAGAACUAGCAUUCACAAUAGUAGGAAUUAAAAAAAAAAGAAUAAAAAAAGUAAUUUCAAAGUAAAACAGAUAAAUUAUGGUAAAUAUAAAAAAAAGCUUUUAUUUAUGCACUAUACAAUGAUCAGCCACAACAUUAAAACCACCAGCCUAAUAUUGUGUAGGUCCCCCUCAUU